GAAAUCAGGGACUUCACAGCCUAAAACUACCAAAUUUAUCUCCAGGAAUAGGACUCUGAUUACUAUGGAACUCAGUCCCUCCGCUGUUGUGUUUAAAUUAUUUUCGGCUUUAUUUAUUGUUUUAAUAGCAGCAGAAAUCCAUGCACAACCUCAGAAUUUUAACUCCGAAGUCCAACAGACAGGUGAUGACAGCUCUUCAGAAUUAAAUCUGUUCAAGAUGGCAUUACGAGAAGCCUAUAAUCGAGAGCUUGAGUUUUAUGAGAGACAGGAAGCACAGAUAAUGAAGCAGAUAGCGGGACUGGAGAACGAGAGGACUCAGGUUCAAGACCGGAAGAGGAGUCACAUCCAGUGCCUUGUCAACGUUAUAGCUUGCUACCGCAAAAAGUGAUAGUGCGCAGCCGCAGACUGAUAGCGUUUAAGAGAAGUUAACAGUGAAGUGUGCUAACACAACAAAGUGCAAUAGAUUUCUUAUAUUUCUAUACAUUUCCGUUAAUAGGCCUAAAUCGAAUUAACUGUUACUUUUUUAGCUGUCGCAAAUUGAUUUGAUGGCGCUGGUGCCUUUAUAAGCUCUUCAUGCCACGCCUUUUUAUACAAACCGUUGAUUUCAAAGUAAAAAGGAAAUCAGUCUAUAAUUUUAAUUUGACUGUUGUUGAAAUCAAAUGCUGUCUUUGUAAAUGCAAGAACAAUUAAAUUUUGAUGUUGGCUGUAUAACAUUAUGGACAGUAAAGUGUCAAUACCACUAAAUGGUUUAUUCUUUUUAGGGAAAGAUUUCUCCAAAAUCAUCCAGGGGUAACACGUUAUGAUAUUGCAACGUUGGUUUUUUGUAUUAAUUAUUCUUUAAUUACCAUUUUUUAAUAAUUAUUUAAUCCAACACACGAGUUAAGCAUGAAUUCUUUCAACAUGAAAUUUCUUUUAAAAAGUUUAAUAACGUUUGAUAAUGUAAAAUAA